CGGCGGGCACCGUUCCCGUUCGUUCCGGCGCCGUUCCGGUGAACCGUGAGUUCAAUGGAGUUUACAUGCUUGAGUGAAGGCAAGGGUUUCUAUUACCCACCAUGCCACAUUUUGGAUAUCUCCGGUUUCCGGAUUUUACUCGAUUGCCCUAUGGACCUCUCUUCUCUACUAGUCUUUUCUCCCGUCCCAAUUGAUCCAAACCCGAUAAUUAGCAACGAAAAAACUAGCCUGAAAAUCGAUAAACCCCUCGACGCAAGCAGUUUAAUUUGCGCCCAACCCCGUUAUAGAACUGUCAAGAACUUGAUUUUAUGGGAUGUCUCGUUUAUCGAUGUAGUCUUGAUAUCUAGUCCCAUGGGUAUGAUGGGGCUGCCGUUUCUUACACGGAACAAAGAUUUUUCGGCUAAGGUGUAUGCAACAGAGGUAGCAGCUAGAAUCGGGCAACUAAUGAUGGAAGAUCUCGUCGCUAUGCAUAAAGAAUAUCGUCAAUUUUAUGGACCCGAGUAUGACUCGCCCGAGUGGAUGAAAUGGGACGAACUCGAUUCACUUCCAAUUGAAUUGAAGCAGAUUUUGUUUGGUGCAGAUGGGGCAGGAUUCGCUGGUUGGAUGCCGUUGUACAGUGCAGCUGAUGUGAAGGAUUGCAUGCUGAAGGUUGAGUCUCUCAAGUAUGCCGAAGAAACUUGCUACAACGGCACAUUGAUGAUGUCAGCAUUUAGUUCCGGUUUAGAAAUAGGCUCUUGUAAUUGGAAAAUCACUUGUCCGAAAGGAAGCGUUGCUUACAUCUCAAGUUCUGUUUUCUCCCCGCUCACUGCAAUGAGUUUCGAUUACAAAUCCCUUCAAAGAAGUGAUGUGAUUUUGUAUUCGGAUUUCUCUUCUUGCAAUGCUGCAGACAAUUUCGAAGCUGACAACAAUGUUUCGAAUUCAAGUGACGAUGAUGUCAAUUUAGAAGCAAGUAUCAAGCUUGGUUCUGUCGAUGAGUAUACAGAGGAGAUGGAGAAGUUAAAUUUCAUAUGCUCGAGUUCGAUUGACUUUAUAAAAGCUGGGGGUUCAGUUCUUAUUCCUAUUGGUCGACAUGGGAUCGUUCUGCAGCUGUUGGAGCAAUUGGCGGUUGCCCUAGAAAAUGAAAAUAUGAAGGUUCCCAUUUUCGUCGUUUCUUCUGUUGCAGAAGAGCUUACGGCAUAUGCAAAUAUCAUCCCGGAAUGGUUAUGUGAGCAGUUGCAAGAUCGUGUAUGUUCAAAACUAAUGAUGUAUUUGUUUCCCGCCAUUCAUUCGCUCAAACUAUUAACAAAUUGGCAGGAACCUUGCAUAGUAUUUUGUCCUCAUUGGAGUUUUCGACUUGGACCCGUUACUCAUUUGCUUCGAAGGUGGUGUGGUGAUCCAAAUUCGCUACUUGUUAUAGAGAAAGAGGUGGAUGCCGGUUUAGCUCUCUUACCUUUCAAGCCAAUGGAAAUUGAUAUGAAAAUGAAAGUCCUCCAGUGUCCUUUUCUUUCGGGAAUAACGUUGCAAAAAUCUCACCAGUUACUGAAGUUGUUGCAACCUAAACAUGUUGUGUUUCCUGAGAUAUUGAGGCAGCAUAAUAAAAAUAACGGGCAUUCGGAAACUUCAUUUUCGUUUAGUUACUAUAAAGAAAACGAAAAGGUACAUAUCCCGUACACGAAAAAGGACUCGGAAUUAGACAUUGCAGAAGAACUGGUCAAUCAGCUCCAAUCGGCAACACUGACAAAACAAGAAAUGACUAUUGCCAGAUUGAGGGGAGAGCUUGUGUUAGAGCAAGGAAGACAAAGGUUAAUACUUGGGAACGACGAGUAAGAUAAGUGA